GACGAGGCCAAAAAUCCACAUCUUUAAGUCGCUAGACACCAUUGCCCAAUUCCUCAGAAGUUAUCAAUAACACCUCUUUUCAAAAAACUAACAAAAAGAGUUUUGCAAAGGAAACGACUCCAUUUUGGAUUUACAUUCGUGAGCCGUCAUUUCGUGCAGCGAGUAGAGGGUGUGCACGCGCUUGAUCCAGGGAUUGUCUCGUUCGACUGCGAUGUCUUGUUAACGGAAAUAAAUUUACUUUCAUCUGCCGAGAUCUUGAAGGAUAUCGGUUUUAACAGGAGAAAGAGCUAAUCUGUGUCUAUCGUUGGAUUCACGUUUGGGUAACUUUGGACUUGUUUAGAGAUCGCCUAGUCGGCCAUUAUGCGCGAGGAAGACGUAGAAGUUGCGAUCAAAGUCGUGGUUGUAGGAAAUGGAGCCGUUGGUAAGAGUAGUAUGAUUCAGAGAUACUGCAAAGGUAUUUUCACCAGAGACUACAAAAAGACGAUAGGAGUGGACUUUUUAGAGAGGCAAAUCAGGUGAGGAAGAGCAACGCGAACGGGUGUGUGAUCAACUGUCGGGCGAGCCUUCAGGAGUAUUGAUGCACUUUACGAGAAGACCGCUCAGUGAUUUUGUAAUAAAUGUUUUGUGAUUUUCCAAUAUUCUUUGCAUAUUUCGGCAGUGUAUAUAACUGAGAGUAAUCACCGGUUUUCAUGGGCGAAGAUGUUGGUCUAAGAGUUCUCUCUAAACGAUCUUUAAUUUGUGUCAUUGCAGUGUUAGGGGCGAAGACGUUCGGUUAAUGUUGUGGGACACAGCCGGACAAGAGGAAUUUGACGCCAUAACUAAGGCUUACUACCGAGGUAGGUAGCGAUGUGUGUUUGUAAUUGAUUGCAGGUAUGAGUGGUAGUUGUACAUAGGCAUUUCAGUCUCCAGGUUUUCGAAACCUUACUUUGAAGUACACGGGUAAAAGAAUUUGUUUAUUUCGUCGAUCGCAAUCGAUCUCAAGGAACGAUGCAUAUUGGAAUAUUUUUCAGUGGAAUUGUCGUUUGCUGCGGUACAUUUUCCAAAGUUUGCGUCGUUUUCUUAAUCACAGUUAAUACCCUUUUCAGCAACGAAUCCCUUCAGCAAACCUUUCGUUAAAUUGCAGUUUCUAGAGUAUUAAAAAUGAUUGGCAAUUGUGUUUACCCACUUGUUUUAUAUCGUUGCGGAAAUUUUCGACUUUCCAUCGUUUCGAAAUUAUAAGUUAAAAUCCUAGUUCGGGUGGUCAUGUUUUUAUUUCCUUGAGAGAGUGAAAUAAUUCUAAAAGUAAAUGAGCCAUAUGCAUGUAGAGCAACCGGAUGAUUUUUUUUUAUAUAUAUAUAUAAUUAUUUAUAUUUUGUUCGGCGCACCCUGCAACUUAACUGCGAUAAAUUCUCGUGUAAUGAACUGUUACGUAAAAUAAAUUCAGCUUUGCCACAAUAAAAUGACGAUCGAAGAUGAAAUAAUUAAAUCUUUCGAGCGGAUGUUUGGUUGUUGUAAGAGCUCACAAUGGGAUUUUUUUAUGAAGAUCGUAGUCUUUGUUUUAACAAAUCCUUAUGAAGGGCCGUAAGAAUGGAACACAAUGAAGUUACUAUCAUUGUUUAAAAUCCUUUCCGCCUCACUGCGUCUGGUGAAUUUUAGAGAUGUCAAGCAUGUGACAGCAUCAUUUGCACAAGUCUUUGCAGAUUCACGGACACAUUUUGUCUUGAACAUCUUGACCAUUUAGAGAACCAAUAUCCUCCCUAAAUUUGCAUAAUUUCAAAAGGACCCCUAUGUGAACAAUUAAUGUCAUCUCCUGAUUACUAUAAUGCACUUUGUAAUAUUUUCAAUGAUUACACCACAUGUGUCUCACCUUGAACCUCCAUGGAGAUAUUUAGAGCUUCUGAUCUGAGUGCAGUUAAUUAGGCUGGCUCUUGCUAUGCCACCUUUUGGUUAAAAAAAAAUUGAUAUAUUGAUUUAAGGGCUAGCCUUGUAACAGAUAUCUUAAUGUCUGUCUAGAACUUAAUGAUUUUGCAUACAGUAACUUUAAUCUGGCCCAAUGGUCCACAUCUGUAAUUCUGACUCAAGCCAGAAAUUUUCUAUGGUCCAAAGAGAAAAGGGGGUUUUCUGACAUUCCAACCCUCUUGAUCCAAUCUGGAGUCUCCAGAUUUUAUGUGUUGCCUCUUGUUAUCCCUAUUUUUAUCAGGUUUUCCAGAUUUAUCAUAAAAUUCUGAUGACAAAGGAAAUAUGUUAUCUUUUUUGUGGCUCCCCACUGAAUGCAUUUAUACCUUAUGGACAGAAAGUUUACAAUUAUUCAUGGUCUUUCAAAGUGGCUAUUGUAAAAGUAGUAAAAUAAUUUUUCCUUUUUGAUUCUGAAAAGAUGGAUCAACUAUAGCAAAGAAAAGCUCCACGAUAUAUGUGAUAAGAAUGAAAACCUUCUAGAAUACCACAAAAUGAUGUCAAAAUGCAGGAAAUACCACUUGAGAGAAAUUAAAUUUGAAAAAUUUCCUGGGAAAGGCAUGCCCCAGAACCCCCUUGAGGCUGGCACCUUUAGCACUAAAAUAUACUCCCUAAUUCCCCUCAAAAGGGGUUGGAGUGUCCAGGUCUUGCAAUUCAAUUAAAUAUUAAGGACUAAUUUUUUAGGAAGAAAAGCUGUAGCAGCAGUCAUUUUGAUCCAAUAUGAUAUUCCCCAAUGUUGUAAUCUAGUUUUAAUCAAUCAAUAAAUUUUAUCUUAUCUCGCGCAAUUCAUCAGCUAUUUACAAAAGGAUUUAACUAUAGCUGUUCUUCUUGAAUGCCAUGCCUCAGAGAGCUUUGCCAAAGGACCUGAGGGAUUCUAUUUUGAGAUAAUUUAUGUGUGAUAAUCAAACCCUAAGUUUGUUCUCGGAGUCCCUCAGGUUGUAGCUAGUAUUGUGUUCAGAGAAUCUCAAAGUUAAAUAGUUCAGAGCUAACUCAGUCCAGUGUUACUCUCCUAAGUGAUUGUAGAUUUUGGGCCCAUUUGAAUCUUAAAUUAAAGAAAGCAAACAAAUGCCUACAUGUUUAACGGACCCUUAGGAUGGAGCAGUACACUUAGAAGGAAAUAGAUCAUUUCUUUACUUCUCUAGCUUUGCCCAAUUUUUCCUAUGGUCUCCCCAUUUAUGGGGGGUUAGGAUCUGAGUCUGACUUAGAGGUAUACAGAACUUCUUGGACAGUUGUCACAAACGAAGUAACUUUUCUUAACCUUAUGGCCAGUGCACUUGGGCCAUAAACCUGAAUGGAUAAAACUCUUUCUGUAAUUUAAAGUACAGACUUUGAACUUUGUUUUUAAGGGUUAGACUCAGAGGUUCUAAGAUCUUUUGAUUGGCUUUAACUAAGGGACUGUAUGGAAAAUUACUAGACAGCACCAUUCGUGCUCCCUUGUGACUUUUCACUUGCCAAGGAUGAUUGUCAACAAUAAUUUUUUUGGCUGGCUUAAUUGUGUUGUGUUUUCUUGACUGCAGGUGCUCAAGCUUGUGCAAUUGUAUUUUCUACUGUUGACAGAGACUCUUUUGAAGCUGUCGAAAAAUGGAGAACAAAGGUAUGUUCUUAGAAAUAAUUAAUAUUUACACUGCUUUAAAAUAUAUUAUAACUUUUGAAUCAGUGUGAAUAGAGAAGUGUCAAAGUGAACCUGUGGAGAUGCAAGUGUAAUAUUUCACAGGGUAAAAGCUUGAGUCCAAAAUUACCUCAAUCAUACUCAACCAUCAAGGCAUUCAGUUUUGUGGUCUUGAUUUAAAACCUUGACUAGAAUGAAAGUUCAGAUAUAAUAAGCUGCAUAAGUAUGUUCACAUGUUAGUUCUUGACACUUCACAUGGCAAGGAUUGUGAUAGCUUGAAUUUUUCUGCCAGGCAUGAGAAAUAGUUCAGCAGACAUGAAAUGGCAUCAGAUUAUAGGUAUUAAUUUCUAGGGUUCAUGCUAGCUGUCAAGGAAAGGUGAUGAAAUGCUCAUCCUUGACGAAAUUCCCUAUCCAAGGGAUUAGAAACACUCCUACUAGCUUCAUGGUAUGGAAACACAGCCAGGCUAGUUCAACUAUCAGUUAACUUUACCUUUCUUUUUAUUUUUUAUUUGACCCUUUAACUCCUAAAAGUGACUGGGAUAUAAUUUCUCUUCCUAACAUCAGGGCUAAAUCAAACUUUAAGUCAUGAGAGUAAAAAAAAUUAUUUCAAACUAGAGAAGGUCAUGAUUGUCAAACAAAUUAUCCUCAUCAGUACCUUAGAAAAUGUAUAAGGAAUAGUAAGGAGAGUGUAGAUAUUGAUGUUGGGAUGUAAAUGGUUAACAAUUAUCCAAUUGAUCAUAUGUUUUCAGGUGGAAGAUGAAUGUGGUAAUAUACCAAUGGUGUUAGUUCAAAACAAAAUAGAUUUGAUUGAUCAAGCAUUAGUUAAAGUGUGAGUUUGUCUACCUAUAAUUUUCAGGCUACUUGAUUUAUUGUAACUGCGUACCAAGUAUUGCUUCAACAUUUUCCUGUGAGAAAAAUUAGGUUUGAGUAUGUUUUUGAAAACAUAGAAAAUCUUCUGAUGACCAGUAUUUCCUGGAAGUGUGACACCCUUUCAAUCUAUUCUCCCCCAGAUUUCCUUAAUGUUAAACAAUUUUGCGCAAAAAUCACCAGCAGUCUGUCUUUUGAAGUUAGCAGUUUAAACCUUCUUUACAAACGCUGCCAAAAUGUUCAUGUUUGGUACAUAGAUGGGAGGAUUCUCUAAUGAAAUUAAGAGUUAGUGUGUUAAAGACCAAGAAGACUCCUCCUACCUACUGGUCUUAAUUGAUUGAUGCUUGUGUAGUAAGGAUAUUAGGAAUUAUUUAAUUUUCAACUCCAAAUAUUGCAAUUUGGAUUGGUUAUCAGCUCAUAUUCUGAGUUACCUUAUUUGGAAAUGCAUUGAGCCUAGUGUUGCAAAGCUGAAAAUUUGUCAAAUAUCCAAACUUUUAGGAUUUAAUGAAAUUUAACACAACAAUUAUUUCAUUUGCAUUUGUUGGAUGUGAGAUUGGUCAUAGCCAACUCACUGCUACAUGCCUCAUUGGCUAUUUACCUUCUCAUAUUCAAUGCACAGUCAUGUAAUAAUUGUACCCAAUUGACUGGUUAGAUUGAAAAUAUAUAUUUUUUCUUUUUUUGCUAGCCUUUUAGUGUUUGGCACUAAUUUGUAGUACUUUGUUGCUUUGGUUGCAGUGAAGAGGCAGAUGAACUAGCCAAAAGAUUAAGGUUAAAAUUUUAUCGAGCUUCUGUGAAAGAGGAUCUAAAUGUUAAUGAUGGUAAGCAGAAAGUACAGUAAACGAGUUGAAUUUACAUUUUUGUUUUCCACUUUUGUGUAUUACAAUGAUCAUUGUAUUGUAACUGGUUCAAAACCAAGAGAAAGCACCAUGAUGGUCUUAUGUGAUCAUGAUGGUGUUACAUGUUUACCAUUAAUCUGAACUUGUGAAAUAGAGAAUCUAAAAUUAAGGUAAACUGUGUUGCAUUACAGAAUACCUUCAUUGUACUUAACCCUGUAGUCUCAAGAUCCAACUAGUUAUUCUCCUGAUUGACUGGUAUACACUUCCUUACAAAUCAGACAAGAGAAUUUGGUGUUACAUGUACCAUAUUUACCCGUGUAUAAUAUGCACUUUUUCCAAUAAAAAUAACCAUCAAAAUGGCGGUGCGUAUUAUACACGGUUUCUAUUGUUUUUCAAGCACGUCCUAAUUUGCAUAAAUUAAAAACACAAGAAAGAAAGAAAGUAACAAAAGCCUAGUAUUAAUUGGUCUUUAUUAGCUUGAGUUAAAUAAUCUACUGAUGAAACAUUUUCAAUUUCGAUCCACAAACACAACAAAGAAAGUAAUGAAAGCCUCGUAGUAAUUAGUCUUUAUUAGCUUGAGUUAAAUAAUCUACCAAUGAAACAUUUUCAAUUUUGAUCCAUGAAUAAAUUUAGUAGAGUAUUUAAGAAAAAGCUGACGAGAUAAACAUUACGAUCGUACCUUAUUACUGUAAUCACAAGCGAUUAGAAAUUCAAAAUGGUAAUGAAACUUACCACUGCAAAACGUCAGUUGUAGGAAGAAAUAACGUUUUUUUUGCUGUGAAAACUUUUUUUUAUGGAAAAUUUGGUCAAAAAUCAGGGUGCGUAUUGUACAUGGGCGCAUAUUAUACAUGGGUAAAUAUGGUAUGUCAAGAUAAAACCUGCUAGCUGAUAACCAUGUCAGUUCUUUUAACCUGUUUACAGUGUUAAUCACUCAUGGGAGUUAAAUAGUCAAACAACAUUUGAUGUGGCCAGUUUUAAUAAAUUACCCCAUGCAGUAGUUCAGUGUUUGCACCUGCAUGCAUUUGAGAGACCCAUGGUUAAUUUAUUUUCACAAAACAUUAACAAAUUAUUGUAUAUUUUGUCACAAAUGAAUUUGAUAGAAACAUAAAUCUCAUGUACAAUUUUUCCUUGUGUAAUGGAUUGAUUUUGUUCUCUUCCAGUAUUCAUGUAUCUCACUGAAAAGUAUCUAGAAAUACUGCAGAAUGUUGAUGUAGAGGAACCCAAACCAUCACAACACAAAAAUGGUAAAGUUUCACCACUCUUAUUUACAAUAACAUUACAUGCACCUGCAUUGAAAAAUUUACUCAGACAUUUAGAACUACUGAUUUACUUUUUGUGGCUUCUUAUACCGGUAUGUCUUAUAGAUUUCCAACUUGAAAAGUUUUUUCUAAUUGUAACAAAACUCCCUCAACCUUUAAUGCACUGAAAUGUUAGGAAUGUCAUUAGUUCUCACCACCCUAUCCAUCAACUUCCAAGAUCUUAUAGUAAAUUAUCCUUACUGUCUGCCAUACAAUGAUGAUGAUGUUAGUUUGGAGGAUAAGGUAUUAGAUCAACUAAUGAUCCCCUAAACGAUUUUUUUUUUAUUUUCAUCACUUAUCUGCUUGAUGUUGUAUGGAUAUUAUAAGGAGAGAUUCUGCCUUGGUCACUCAUGGGAGUUUACGGGUUAAGCAUGCUCACUUUUUUUCGUAUACACGUUGGUAUAAACAAUAGCAUACACACUGGCAUACACUCGAUGCCAAGAAAGUUGACAAUUUAAGAAAGGGUCAAGUAUGAACAAUACAACCUGAUGGCUCUAAAAGCAUGUACGUAUGAUAAUCAUAACUAGGUGCAUGUGAGUAAUGAAAGCUACCCAGGCAUUUUUCAGAUCUAAAAAUUUAUGAAAUGUAAGGCAGACAGCAAGGAUAUCAAAUAUUUAGAUUGUGGGAGUAAAUUGGGCAACUUGUAGAGCUCCCACCAGCUAGGUAUUAAAAAUUUAAUGGUGUUCAGACUGAAAGAAAAAUCUCACUGUAUGCAUUCUUUUGACAUUGCAGGAUAUGAGCAUAUUUGUAUUACCAGUGGUAAGGGCAUUUAAUGAUGUUCUUUGAAUUCUCUUUCACAGUUGCUGGAAUGUUUAAUUCAACCUCACCAGUGAAUGCAUCACAAGGUGGAAACAACAAUGCACGCGCAACACAACAAGUAGAGACUGGAGAUAUUAUCACACUUAAACCAAACAAGCAGAGGACAAAGGGCAAAAAGAAUAAGAUAUCUUGCUCUUUGUUGUGACAUUCGAAUUUCAGGACUGUGCUUUUAAUUGUCUUAACAGUUUCACAAAAUUAAACAAUGCCACAAUAUGGCAAUAAGAGUGGAACUGUUUCUAACACAUGUUCAGUUCAUACUCAGGGGAACAAGAUUUCAUGCUUCUCAUUAAAGUAAUGGAUGUGAAGUAAAUCUUCACCACAAAUUCAUGAAAAUAGCUAGUUUUGGGACAAUUCUAAAUUAUCAUAUUUUCUGUUAUUGGACAAGUUUGAUGUUGUAGUUGCUGCAUUUAAAUAUAACAACACUCAAAUGUUGAACCUUUUCUGACUUGUUUCUAUACUUUGAGGGAUUUUGGGCACUGUAUGAGAUGACAGGUUUUGAUUCAAGAUCAAGCCAUUAGAAUCAGGUCAUGGAGAAAUUUUUAUGGAAGGAGUAGGUUGAGGAAAUAAUCUUGUCCAUUCUUUGGAGGUUGACUGGAAAUUAUGAGGGGGUAAUUGAAGCCCCCAAUUUGUAGAAGGGGGAACUUAGGUGUUACUUUUUUGGAGAAAAGCAUUGUACUUGCUUCUGCAAUCCUCUUCAGAACUACCCAUGUGUAGCUUGUUUCUAAAAAAAAGUACUUUUCUUCUUUACACUAUUAUGUGCAUAUUGCAUGUUGAAUGUGACUGUGGUAUGUAUGUUGGGGAUUCCAUUUACAUAUCAGUUGUUCCACCCAAUUGCACAUACAAUUGUGUGAGAAUUCUCUUCCCAGUUUGGGUACCACUCAUGAUGCAUUUUUUCAACUUUAGAUAAAAUGUGGAUAAGAUGAACUGCUGUAGGAUAGCUGGUCUUGACUUUUUCCUUUCUUUUUCCCCACUCUCUCUCUCCCUUUCUCUCUCCUUUUCUUUCCUCUGCUUCUGUUUGUUUGCUUGUUUGUGUUUUUUCUUUUUUGUUUGCUAUCAGAGGGGACGGUCUUGAAGGAAGGGAUCCCAUUCUUAGGCCAAAGUUAUCCAAAGUCCCAUUUCUAAUUUUUCCCCUUCAGGCCCAUCAUGAAAAAUCAAAAGUAAGUUGAGUUUGUGAGUGAGUUAAGAGUUAACUUAGAAUUUAUAACAGGGUUAUUAUUAUGGCAAAAUUGCAUUAAUUUUGGUCACUGUCUUUUUAAUAACUUCAUAAGUUUUGGUAUUUGAAUGUUAGUCACUAUCUUUUGAAGACAAGAUUCAGUUGAGUUAAUUGCCAUAAGCAUGACUUCAUCUUUUUCACAAUAACAGCAAGGAUGCAACAUGAAUGAAUCAGUUUAAAUAGAAUAUUAUUUAAUCUUCAGCUGGAAAAUUUGAACAUGUUUUUUAACAUAUAUUUCAGUGUUGCAUUUUCUAUUACAAUUCACAACAAUUUGUUAAUCUUAUACGCACAAAAUAUUGAAAAAAGCAUCAAAUCUCGUUGUUAUAGUUAUAUUCGUGUUUCAUAUCUAGAGUUAAUGUAUGAAAAGAAAUCAAAGAAUAAAGCUGGAUCCAGUAGUCCUGGGAAAUUAAUCAUCUAACCCUCUCCAUUUUAUUAUCAGUGUGCAUAAUCUCCAAACCGUUCUCUAUACAUUUUCAAUGGUACUAAUAAAGGGAAAUUCUCUAUACUCAAGUGCAUCUUAAAUUUGCAACCACUCCCCUUAUUCUUGAGACCUACAUGUAAUGUGACCUUGUGAUCGAUACAUUGGUGUCGAAGUGCCCCAGAAUUAGUAUAAUUCGUCUUCCGGUCGCCGUCCACGUCUCAAAGAGUUCUACACUAAAGUUCUCUGAUUAUUUAAAGGAAGAAAUUUUGCUUUUGGAUCAGUUUUGGAUCUAUUAAGAAGGCAAUACUUAAGGCCUUCAGAUACCCAGUGAGUGCCCCUCGAAAUUUUGACACUCGACCUGAUAACCUUCGCACUUAGGACCACUCAGGGCUGUUGGACAAGCAUUUUUUGAAACACAAUAGAAACUAUAGGGAGAGACUUCCAUAAAGAGAUACUGGAAUUAAUUCCUGGUACUUUCUUCCUCUCGCAGUGCAAAGUAGGAACCGAAAUACUGCACACACGCACACACGAAAAAGAAAAUUUAAACAACACCGCAACGCUACAAACCUUCAACUUCUUCAUUCAUCUCCUUUUCAGAAAGUGAGCAGAGUGACAGCAAUUCUUACAAAUGAAGCAAAACUUUUUAGUUUGCUUAACGUGUUUCCCAUUUCGCCUUCUUUUCUUCUUUUCUGCUUUAAAAUUCCCGCGGUGAGUCUGCAAGAAGUGCUGCUGGGGGAAGAAGAACAACAACAAGAACGAGAGGCCGGUCAGCGGAAUUCUUUGUAAGGACUUGCGCUUCGAACACCUAAUUGAGGAGGCUAUGCGCAUGUCGGCCUCUCUUCGGCUGCCUUCACAAGAAAGUGGUUAGUACAGGAUAUUCCGUGAAAGAUUGCUAUAUUCUAGCCCUAGUUUUUGACAAAUAAUAGUUUUACGUAUCUUGUAUGACUUUUUAACUCUGUAAAUCUCAGAUUGAGCCACGAUUAUUCUCCGAUGGCUCUUCUUACUCACUCUAUUUUCCGUUGGCGUAACUGAGUUGUCAUUUUUAGAUCAGCUAUGCUAACGCAAAAAAUAGUCAAGCCGUCAGGAACAGGCGAGCCAAAUGAAUUGGAGAAAAGCGUAUCAGAGGUACUAUCUUCACUUUCUCUAACUAAACUUUCACCCUUAAAACUAACGAAUGAAAGGAGCACAAUUUUUAGUAGUUUAAUUUGUGUAUGUCUGCUCACGUGGGAAAAACCUUGUGUUCAUUCGUUUCAUAGGCUCUUCUCGAGUUAGAACUGAACUCUACCGAUCUCAAGUCGCAGCUUCGAGAACUGUACAUCUCUGGAGCGAAGGUAUGUCAAGUUAAAUUUUAGUAACUACUCACUAUCACGAUUGUGUCUUACCAUAAGAGCACAGAAUUACACGUAAGACGUCUUAAAAAUUCUAUAUUACUUACAGUCUUGAAUAAUUUUACAGGAAGUCGAUGUUGGAGGAAGAAAAGCUAUAGUCAUUUUCGUACCUGUACCACAAAUCAGAUCCUUCCAGAAGAUCCAGGUAGUUAAACAUCAUAUUUUAUAUAUUGCAACUAAAUGUGAGAGUGGUAGCCUUAUGUUUUUGGAAAGAAUCAAGUGCUUGUCCCUUAUCAGGGAAUAAAGGGGGUAAAGUUUAAAAGAAACUCUGGUGCUGCGUCAGUGGGAGAGUAUAACAGGGUAAUUGGCCACUGUGAAGAGUUUAAAGGCUGACAUUUUGUGCCCUAGCCCUUCACUAGCCCUUCAUCAGAGCAAUUGGGAAGAGCUAACACUCUGACAAAGGGCUAACACUCGAAACGUCAGCCUCUAAACUCUUUACAGUGGCCAGUUUACAUUAUCAACUCAGUUGACAACAUUAAAUUACCCUUAUCAAGGAAAGCAUAUAAGAAUCUCUCCCAACAAUUUUUCUCAAAAGCCAUUUUGGUUUUAUCAACUGAAUCAAUGAUUAAAAUUUACUGCCAAAAAUUUUUCUAAAGCCAUUCAUGAGCAAAUUUGCCAUUCACUCUGAUGAAGGGCUAAUGCUUGAAACAUCAACGUUAUAAACUCUUAACAGUGGCUAAGAUACAUUUUAAACUCACUUGAUGAAAACCAAAUUAUUUUGUUAUACCCUCACUGAUGCAGCACCAAAGUUUCUUAAGAAACUUGCCCCUAAAUUCAAAUAAUUUAAUCCUAAAGGAUAGGAAUAAUCAGUGUGUGUCUCUACAAUGUAUGAUCUACUUGCAUUUUUGUUAAAGUUAGGCAUUUAAAAGGUGUCAUUUAAAGGCUCUUAAACCAAAUUAUUUUGUUAUACCCUCACUGAUGCAGCACCAAAGUUUCUUAAGAAACUUGCCCCUAAAUUCAAAUAAUUUAAUCCUAAAGGAUAGUAAUAAUCAGUGUGUUUCUCUACUAUGCAUGAUCUACUUGCAUUUUUGUUAAAGUUAGGCAUUUAAAAGGUGUCAUUUAAAGGCUCUUAGCUAUCUAUAACAGCAAUGUGAUUUCUUAGACUUGAAGGUAAAACUCUUUUUACAAUUUGGAAAACUAAAAUCUUUGAUGAAAUGUGAAGGAAGCAACCUUACCCUCUCAAGGAGAUAGGGCAAGGUUCUUCUUGCAACAGAUACAACCUUUAUCAUAAUUGAGUAAAGGGGGUAAGUUUCUAAAUAAAUUGUGGUGCUGCAUUGGUAGGAGACUUUAACAGGGUGAUUUAGCAUUGCCAAUUGAAUUGAUAAUGUAAAGCUAGCUUUGAAACUAUGUAGGGUGGCCAAUUUACAUUAUCAAUUCAUUAAUAAUACUUAAUUACCAUAAUUUCCAGCCAUAUACCCAUGGGUAAUCUGUUGAUUUUGCGUUAAACACACACCACUGUGGGUAACAAGGAGGUGCAGGUUAUGUGACAAUUUUAAAAUCUACUGGUAGUUGAACUGGAAAAAUUCUCACCUUCAUGCGUUUCCACCUCUCAAUUGAAUUUUAUUGUGUGUGUAUAUAUAUAUAUAUAUAUAUAUAUAUAUAUAUAUAUAUAUAUAUAUAUAUAUAUAUACAUAGAUAUACAUAAAUAUAUAUAAAUAUUAUUAAUAAUUAUUAUUAUCAACUUGUUAAUAAUACUUAAUUACCAUAAUUUCCGGCCAUAUACCCAUGGGCAAUCUGUUGAUUUUGCGUUAAACACACACCACUGAGGGUAAUAGGGAGGUGCAGGUUAUGUGACAAUUUUAAAAUCUACUGGUAGUUGAACUGGAAAAAAUUCUCACCUUCAUGUGUUUCCACCUCUCAAUUGAAUUUUAUUGUAUUAAGAUUGCCACAAAGCAGCAUGAGAACAUGAUUACGACUCAAAUUUAUUUCAUGCAUAAUUAGUUGUGUGAUGAACAAAUUGUUAUCAGCACGCAUGAAAACAAAACCAUGAUGGUGACAAAAAUAAUUUAAAGAUAUCCAGCACAUCAAUAACAAAUUUCCAUUUAACACUAGCUUGAGCUAAAGAGAACUUUCCUGUUUUAAGGGACUUGUUAGGCCUAAUAGAACCAGAGAUAUCUAUUUUUUCAGAAAUCGCUGACAGUACUUUAUAAUUCAAGUUUCAACACUCACCCAGCUUUCUUUGAACAAAUCAAAAUUGCUCUGAACGAUCGCUCAUACAAAAUUUGGCCACAAAUUCGCAUUCUGUCAAGUAUGAAACGUUGAGAUUUGGGCAUGGGCUGCUAGUGUUUUUACUGCAUAAUUUUAGUGAUAAAGUACAUGCUAAUAUUGACACAGAAUUGUGCACAUGUCUGAAUUUCUUUGACCUUAAACUCAACAAAGAAGUGUUCAAGUUUUUGAAAGUUAGAUCAGACAACUAUUAAAAGACUGAAUUGUACCACAUUAAUGUCAUGUUUUUGCCACAAAAAGUUGAAUAACAUAACAUGCAGGUUAUCCACCAGUGCGGGUAAUCUAUUGACUUUUUUUUUUUCACCGUAUGCAGUCAAUGGCUGGAAAUUAUGGUAUCCUUUAUCACAAUUGGUGUGAUAAAGUUUGUGAUCUGUCCCUGUCAAUUAUUUGUAAUAGUUUGCUGUUGUCUGUGAUUUCUUUUGAGAAUGGUGGUAUAAUGCUGCUUUCAAACAGUGGAAAGUAUUACUCCAACACUUAAUGAAAUUUAAAAUCAUGUGUUGUAUCAUGAACAUAAAAGCAUCCUUGAAUUAGGGCAGGGUAUUGUGAUUUUGGUAAUAACACUGCACAAACAAUAUCCUGUUCACCAGAAUCCUCCAUGAUGAAAGAAAAUGUCGCCCCAGUCUGAUUUAAAGUUUGAUUGAGAUGACAAAUAUUUCUGAGAGGAGCCCUCUGAUGAGAGCUAAAUUGUCUGAACCUGAGAAAGAAAAUUAAAGGUUCUGAUGAAAGCUGUCAUUAGAGAAUUUUAUUGUAGUGUUUUCAUUGACUUCUGGACUCUUUCUAAUUAAUACUUUGCCUUUUAUUUUCUCAAAGACCCGUCUAGUACGUGAACUUGAGAAGAAGUUCAGUGGAAGGCAUGUUGUCAUUGUUGCUCAGGUUUGUAAUGUUUGACUCUUCCUUCUCCAUUUUAUUGUGUGGUUUUUUUUUUUUUACAUCCCUUUGGUAUUCAACAUUUUUAUGACCAUUGAAUUAAGUGACAAUAUUCACUCUGCCUUUGGGAAAUGACUGUUAAUCAUUGGGCAGUUUUCACAACUUGAUUUAUUUGAAAGUUAGGAGGAGGACUCUUCAGUUUCUUUUUGGUACUCCUGUAAUUCUUAUCAAAACACCAGGGUUCAAAAUAACAGCCAGCUGCUAGCAGCAGCUGAAACUUUUAGCACACUUGCCAUGGAUUUUUCAGCAAAGAACUAAAAUUUUAUAAAAAAUAUUAUGCUUAUGAUUGUCCAACUGAAGUAAAGUUGCUGUCAUGUUAUGGUGAACAUUUCAUAUCAGGCAAUAAGGCAGCCAAGAAAUGUUUGAAAAGCUUUUUGGAAAUGUAAACAAGUAUAAAGUUUCGAAAUUUGAAGCAUGCUACUGAGAGUAUUUUUGUUUACAGUAUUCAGAUUUCUAUGUAUUUGUUCAAGCAUGAAACAUGCAAGUUUGUGUACACACCAUCAUAUUACCAUUUUUAUAUUUCUGCACAUACAUACAAUCUUGAAUCAAGAUUUAUUUUCUGCCAAAUCGUGUUUAAUGUCGUUUGUAAAACCUUCUCACACAUUCAAAUUAAAGUCGAUACUUGACAGUAGUGUGACAAUUUGUCGAGACAAAGUUGUAUAUUUCACAUUUGAACAAACACCAAAAAAUUGAGCCAUUCACUUCACUUUGUUGGGAAAGGAAUUGCCACAACAAAACAUGCUGAUCAAAAAAAAGAUUCUGAUGCUGAAAUUUACUAGUGACAGUUGGGGAGAAAAAAUGAGCCUUGGCAAAAGCCUACAAAUUCACGCUGAAAGCUGAAAAAUUAUUUUGAACCCUGGAACACAGCUUGGUUCAGCAGGUUGUUUACAUAUACAUUAUUGACCAAGGCUAAGAUCAAUGUGGCUGGAUAUUGGCCAAUUUUGGUUUUUGUUGUCGUUGUUGUUGUUGCUGUUGUUUGUACAGAAUGAAGUCUAAUAGUUAUUAUAUGAUGUUUCUAAACUAGUACUUGAUUACUGGGUAUCUGCCAAAAAGUUUAAUUUUUGGUGAAAUUUUAUCUCAGUUAAUGAAUACAGAAUUUUCUUAAUCUACACUUUAGCCUGUUUGGAGAGCCAUCCUUAAAAAUUUAUCCUAUUUUUCCUUGCAGAGGAGAAUCCUUCCACGACAAACAAGAAAAUCAAGAAAUCAAAAACAGAAGAGGCCAAGAAGGUAAGGCUACAGUAAUUUCCCACGGUAGUUGCAUUUCACCACUCUUGACUUAACCCUUUAACCCACAGAAGUGAUUGAAAUCUAACUUCUCUUUUAAUAUCUGCACUUCAUCCAGCAAACAAGUUAUGAGAAUACUUAUGCUGAUCAGGAAGACAUUUUCAUUAUAAAACACCAAAUUCUUGUAACUAAUUUAUUAGGAAAUGUGUAGCAGCCAAAGAGGAGAAUGAAUUCGAUCUUGGGAUUAAAGGGUUUAAGAAAGCUUUACUGGCAUGACGCUAAGGAUUAGCUGUUGUUGCUCCAGUCCGAUUGACACCAUGAGAGACAAUAUGUAUGUGAUAGGCUUAAUGGCCAACAUGUGGUAUCAAAAUUUUUAUUUAAUUAGAUUAUACUGGUCACUGAGGAAGUACUUUUAUUUUGUGUUGUCUCUGAGUUCAAGUGUUUUGUUUGUAAACAGUCGAACUUUGACAGCUGUUCACGAUGCCAUCCUUGAAGAACUGGUCUACCCAAGUGAAAUAGUUGGAAAGAGGACAAGAGUGAAACUGGAUGGUUCAAAAUUAAUCAAAGUGUGAGUGCAACUUAGUGUUUUGUAUUUUAGUAUGUUACAGUAUAUGCCCAAAUUUCUAUGGUGAAUUUGCACAUCUUCAAACCAAAAAGUAGCAUAAUCAGAUGGCUUCAUUCUGCCACUACAUUCUUUUUCUCUGAUGCUUGUCAAUUUAAAAGCCUUUGAAAGUCCUUUAUGCAUGCAAAUAAAUAGCAAGCUCCUUUGGAAAAGGUUGGUUGCUCUUGUGUUUCUGUGAUCUUUCUCUCUUCCAAGUACUAUUAGGCCGACCAAAGACUGACAGUCUUCUAAUAAUUCUCCCCUUUUCAGACACCUUGACAAACUGCAGCAAACAAACGUGGAACACAAGGUGAGAGUCAAACUUUGGCUUAGUGGUGCCCAACAUUAUCAUAUACAUACUGGGAGUGUUCCUUGAUUCCUUAGUGAUGAUAGAAGAUGCCGCCCCAAUCUGACAUAAAGUUAUGAUUGAGUUGGCUACAACUAUUUCUGAGGGGAUCUUUUUUUAAAAUUAGAUUAAUCAAGGACUGAAAUGACCAACCUUAACACCAUUAGUAAUUCUCCGUAAUGUCUUCUACACAAUUCUUUUGAUGGUGAUUCAGAGAGUUUUGUAUUGGAUCAACCAAUAAUCUCCAAAUUUUUGUUUUUCCUUACUCCCAUUACUUGUCUGUUUGAUAUUGUGUUCAUAUGGCAAGGAGAAAUUAUGUCUUGGUCACUCAAGGGAAUCAAUGGGUUAGUAAUAGAAGACUGACCAAAUUUCCAGCUUAGAAAUAGUCUUAAAGUUGUGUAUUAUCAGUGAUAUAACAUUUUGGCAUCCUACGUGUGUAAUGAGACAGAAAAGAAGAAAUUCAACAAAGUUUAAUGAUCAUGAUUCCUAUGGGUUCUCAAUUUGUUUUAUCAUCCCUUGCGUUAAUUUAAAAUCUUCUGAUGUGCUCCAAGAGAAAUUGUUUGUUCCCUCAUUGGUUUGUCAGUAGCAAUGGUAAUUGUGAUUUUUAUUGCUUGUCAGGUGGACACUUUUUCCUCAGUGUACAAGAAGCUCACAGGCAAGGAUGUUACAUUUGAGUUCCCAAGCUAUGACUGAAUGCCUGCUUGAACAAUAAUAAAAUCUUAUUGACAACGUGUUCUUUUGUCUUACAUUGUAACUCAACAAGUAAUGUUUAUUUUAAGUAGACUUUGUGUGGUUAUCUCUGCUUACAUGGUAAAGCUCAGGCCUUAAUAGUAAUUCCACUUACUGUUUUCCAUACAACUCUUAUUAUGUUAGUUCAGAGAAUUCAAUAUUGGAU